CAUGAGGCGAAGAUGGCGGCGGUGUUGGAGCGGAGCUUCAUAGAAAUCUGUGGAUUUGAGAGGGAAACUCUGCGCAGGAUCCGAGAAGUGACAGUAAACCUUGGUCUCAACGCUCUUCCUGGGGGUGUCAAGUUCCCAGACAGUGCUGGAGCUUAUCAUUAUGACGAAAGUGGGAAGCUUCUAUCUGUCGCCAGCAACAGAUUCAUUCACUGGUCCACCUCAGGGGACACAGUCCAGCUUGUGGAGCAGUCUCUGGACACCAACCUGCUCAACAAUGCUGUCAAACUCAAGUUUAUCCACUGUAUUGUGCUGCCGGGGGGAGUGACUAUCCAGGAGACUCUCAAUAAUGUCAUCAUACUCAUCUGCACCAAUCAGAGUGUGCAUAGGCUGGUGCUGCCCCACCCCACUCGCAUGUAUCGCAGUGAGCUGGUGACUGAGCUCCACAUGCAAUCCAUCUUCACUGAUGUAGGUAAACUGAGCCUGCAGGACCCGUCCCAUAGCGCUGUCAUUCCCACCACAGUGGGACAGACUGGGAGUCCCAGCACCUCAGCAGCAUGGCUCAGCCAAGAGGGGGAGGCGCAUUAUGCUAUGGCCUCACCUGCAGGAGGCAUGAUGGUUGUCACUCUCCCACCACAUGACACACAAGGUACAGUGUCAGUGGUGGAGCUGAAGAGGAGCUCCAUGAUGCGGAGGAUUUCUGGGUGGAUGCCCACUGCUAUCCGAGGGGAGCAGAGCCCCAGUGACCUGGUACUCAGUCUGGCCGUCAGGGAGGUUGAAGAUGACUCCUUCAUCUUCGCUUUCUGCCAGGAUCACAAACUACGCAUGUGGUCCUUCAAGGACCAGGCCUGUUUGUUGGAGGCAGACAUGUUGGAGUACAUGCCAGACCGUCAUAGUGCGAGCCGGCUGAGUGGUCAGGGCCACCGGCUGCGACUGGCUUUCUCCUCUGCCACUGGCUUGUGCCUCGCUGUCUACCUGGCUGUUCCCCUGAGUGGGCAGUUCACUGUACUGCAGCUGGUCACCACAGACAACAACCGCUACAGCCUUGACCACAUCUCCACACUUUUCUCCACACAGGAAAAUCUGGUGGAUUUUGCUCUGACCUCCACGGACGUCUGGGGUCUGUGGGUAGACGACUGCAACACCACCAUCGUCAAAUACAUCAACUUUGAACAUAACACAGCAGGCCAGUGGAACCAGGUGUUCGCCCAGCCAUCACCAGAGGAGGAAGUCCACAUAGGAGUGGACCAGGACCCCAGGGAGACGUACCUGGAGGUUCUCUUUUCUCCUUUGUCCUUCACUGCCUCAGCUAUAGUUAAAGCUCUACAGAUCUUUCGACGAGGCACAGAAAGGAUCUCUGAUUUGUCAUGGGAGACUCUGAAAAAAGAAGUGACGAUUGCUGUGGAGAAUGAGUUGCAGAGCAGUGUAACAGAGUUUGAGUUUUCUCAGGAGGAGUACCGACAGCUGCAGGUGGAGUUCUGGUCGAAGUUCUACGCUUGCUGUCUGCAGUACCAGGAGGCUCUGUCAAUGCCUCUGGGUCUGACAGUCAGCCCGCAAACCUCCAUGGUCUGUUUACUGAAGAAGGGGUUUGUGUCCUUCCUCCUCCCUUGUUUUGCUGUGGAUCACUUGUACCUUUCCUUCGAUAAGUACCUCAUCUCAGAGGAGGAGACGCCUAUUGCUGAAGACCCCGAAGUUGGCCGGGAUGUCCUUCAGCUGGUUCAGUGUUUGCGGUUGGUGAGUGACACGGUUUCUGGAGAAAUGGCCUACGAGAUGGAGAAGGCUUUGGAGCAUCUUCAGUCACCAGAGAGAGCCGCUGAGCUGGUUCUGGAAAACAUGCUGUCCAAUGACACUGACAACGUGAUCGGGGACAUCCAGAACAUGCUGCAGGAUCUUCGUAACCCUAUGGGGGCUAUGAUCGCCCUGUUGAGGGAGAUGGACCUGGAGACGGAUUCAGAAGUUGGUGGAGAAGGCCCAGUCGCACCAGGCCAGAGUUUGAACAUGCGGAUCAGCCUGUCUCAGCUCUACGGCAGCAGUACAGCGGUUUCAAUGGUUUGUCAGGCCGUCAGCAACAUGGCCAUGACCAGAGCACUUUUCUGCCGCGACCUGCUCAUCCUACAGAAACUCUACCUACGCUUUGGAGAUAAUGUGUUUCUGGGUGGGGGGACUCAGCUACUGCAGCUCCAGCAGGACCUGAUUCCUCGGACCUCCCAUCUGUUGUCAUCUUACUACGUCCUCAAACAAAUCAGUCAGAGUCUCGCCUCCACUGUACCUGUGGACAUCAUAGAUGCCAACCUGCAGCACCUCACAGUGUUGGAGCUGUCGGACACACCAGCUCUCACCACCAACAGAUCAGUGCUCAGUCCUCAGACAGUUGUGGAGCUCUUCUACCAGACAGCAGCCAGAAAGACCAUCAUCUCCCAGAUCUACUCGCAGCAGCAGAGCCCCACACCUGGCAACGCCCUGCUCCACUGGCCCCAGAUGGUCUCCAACGUGGUCAAUCUGCUUGCACAGCUACUUUGGCCCAGUAACCCUAGUUUCCAGUUCCCUGAGUGUCUGAUGGCCAACUGCCAGUACACACAACUACAGGAGUAUGUGAGGCUCAUCGGCCCCUGGUGUCAGGUGAACAUCGGCUCCUGUCGCUUCAUGCUCGGUCAGUGUUACCUGGCGAAUGGGGAGGGACAGAAGGCUCUGCAGUGUUUCCAAGAAGCAGCAAAUGAGGUGGAGAAGGAGGAGUUCCUGAUGAAACUAACAGGGACAGACGAUGAAGAGGCUGCAUCCACCCCCCGACUACAGUACUACACCAAGGUGCUGCGUUUGCUGGAGGACGUCGGUCUCCCUGAGCUGGUCAUUCAGCUUGCCACUCUGGCCAUAACGGAGGCCGCCAAUGACAUCAGCAGUCAGGCUGCUUUGUGGACGCGAAUAUUCAAACACCACUUGGCUCUUGGCCACAACAGUGAAGCCUACGAGGCUCUCACCCAGAACCCUGACUCUAGCAUGCAGUUGGACUGUCUCCGUCAGCUGGUGGUGGUUUUGUGUGAACGCUCACAGCUUCAGGAUUUAGUCCAGUUCUCCUACGUCAACUUGCAUGAUGAGGUCGUCAACAUCAUUGAAUCUCGGGCCAGAGGGUUGGAUCUUCUGGCUCACAACUACUAUGAACUGCUCUACGCUUUCCACAUUAACAGACACAACUACAGGAAAGCCGGGACAGUGAUGUUUGAGUUUGGGAUGCGUCUUGGUCGUGAGGUUCGGACUCGCCUCGGUCUCCAGAAACAGGUGAACUGUUACCUGGCCGCCCUCAACUGUCUCCGGCUUAUCAGGCCCGAGUACGCCUGGAUCGUCCAGCCCACAUCUGGAGCCAUGUAUGAGCGACCGGGAGCAUCGCCAAAGAGGAACUCAGAUGGAGAAUUUGCUUGUGAACCAGUCAAACAUCAGGUCGACAUCCUGGAGCUCAAGGACCUGGAGAAGGAGUACAUCCUGGCCCGCAGUCGCCUUACCCUGGCCCAGCAUCAUCCCCCAUCUGCUGCCAUCGCUGGCAGUGCCUCUGCUGUAGAGAUGGUGGCCUUGUUGGUCCAAACAGGCCUGUUUGACUGCGCUCUCUCACUCUGUCAAACCUUCAAACUGUCGCUGACGCCUGUUUUCGAGGGUCUGGCCUUCAAAUGUAUUAAGCUGCAGUACGGAGGGGAGGAGACGCAGAACGAAGCGUGGGGCUGGUUGGCCGCCAAUCAGCUGUCAUCUGUCGUCAACACCAAAGAAUCCAGUGCCACAGACGAGGCGUGGCGGCUGCUGGCGUCUUACCUGGACAGGUAUGUGUCGCCCAACAGCCAACAUCACCGCUACGUCAUCACCAAGCUGCUGUCGCACGGCGUCCCUCUGCCUGAUUGGCUGAUCAAGUCUUACAAGAGGGUGGACGCGGCCGCUUUGCUUCGCCUCUACUUGAACUUUGACCUCCUCGAUGCAGCGGCCGAACUGGUUCUGGAGUACGUGGAUGCUGUUCUGGGGAGGGGACACCAGUACUUUGGAAUAGAGAAGCCUCUGUCUGCGACCGCGCCGUUGGUUUGGCUGCCGUACACCGCCAUCGACCAGCUGCUACAGGCGCUCAACGAGACGCAAACCAACGCCAGCAUCUACAACAAAAUCCGGGACAAACUGGACGAGUACCAGAAGCUGGUGGAACAGACGACCAAACGAAGGCUCCUGGUUCGGUGAACUGCAGACGACCUCAGAGACAAACUCCGCACAAACACACACCACAUAUUUUUGUACCGUCGCAGUUCACGUUUGUACGGAUUUCAAGUUCUGAUGGGAUUCGAUCCGUUUAGUUCAUGUGGACUGGACGGUGAACCUGGUCUGGUCUAGGUCACAGUGACUCUUAAAUAUAAUGUAAAUACAGAGAGAAAGUGAAGGUGCUCUUCUGUGUGAAUGCAGUUUGUUUUUCUUCAGGAUAUUGUAAUAAUCUAUUGUUAUAGUCUUUUGUACUCUGCCUGUGAUGCUUUUCUAUGAGAGUUGUUGUAAAUUGUGAUGAAAUUAAAUUGUUUUUCUUGAAUAUUA